CCAAGUACUUCAAUACACUCUUCUUCAUUUUUCCUCUUCUUCUUGAAGUUCCAUUAUUAUAGGAAUAAGAAAGAAAUGGGAAAUUGCCAAGCAAUUGAUGCUGCAACUCUAGUGAUACAACAUCCAAAUGGGAAAACAGAGAAGUUUUAUUCAUCUAUAAAUGCAAACCAAGUUAUGAAAAUGAAUCCUGGUCAUUGUGUUGCUCUUCUCAUCUCCACCACAAUCUAUCCAAACAAGAACAUUGAAAAUUCUCACAAAAAUAAUAAUAGUGACACCAAAACCAACCCCGUUCGAUUAACUCGCAUAAAGCUUCUUAAACCGACCGAUGAUCUUCUUCUUGGCCAUGUUUAUAGACUCAUCACAACUCAAGAGGUUAUGAAGGGUCUAAGGGAAAAGAAACAAGCAAAGAUGAAACAGAAUAUGUUAGAAUCAGCUCAUAAGCAUGAUCUGGUGAAGGAAAAUUUGGGGUUAGAGAUGGAGAAAAAAUCAAGGAGGUUUGACACACAAGACAAUCAGGCAACGAAAGCUGAAAGAUCGCGAUCAAGGACAACUUCAUCAACUAAUAAUGCUGCAAGUGUCACAGCUAAGACAAGAUUCUGGCAACCAUCUUUACAAAGUAUCUCAGAAGUAGCCAGCUGAGAGACAGAGAAGCAAACAACUCAGAACUAAAAUCAGCAAAUAACAAAAUCCCUUAAUCCAUGAUUGCUAAAUGAUGUGAAAAUUAAAUAUAUUGCAAUGCAUUGAGCUUAAAGGGAGGCCAGAAAACAACUCAGAGAUGAUAAAAUUAUUGUCUUAUUGGUUUAUGCAUAAUUGUGCAUUGUAAAGUUGACACAUCCAUGUCAGAGUUCAUGUAAUUAGCUAUCAGUAUUCUAAUGGAAUGAAUCAAUCUUUGUCAUCACAAA